AUGCACAUCGCAGCUCUUCUUACAACUUUGGGCUAUCUUGCCACGACUGUCGUGGCAGAUACAGUUUAUACUGAGGAGGCGGGGUACCCUGCUCCACCAGAUGGCUUUCUUGUAGAUCGAGUUAAUGGAAAGAAGAGUGAUUGUACUGCUAACGUCUACUGUGUAUGUAAUACAUUUUAGUAUCCUCUCCUCUUUUCAAAAUGUAAGAAUAGAAAGACUAAUUAAGAAUAUACUUUUAGGGUUCCUACACUCAAUCUCCACCAGGUAGCAAAGCGUUCACAAUAGGACGAACCCUCUGUGACCCAUUUUACCACCCGGGAGAGGAUAAGAAUGGAAAGCCAUUAGGGGCGGUGCAAGUACCCUGUAACGCUCAGAGUACAGGUAAACCUGGUGUAAGUGUCUAUGUUAACCUCUUGUGGCUGUCUACUUUACUAAUAGGUUAUCAACUCUAGAAUGUCUACUGCUGUAUAUAGCCUAUCUUUUCCUCGCUUAAGGAAAAGGUGUAG